UCACUCCGACACACCACCAUACCAUGGUGUGGUUCUCUCUACGGUGUUGGUAGAAAAUUGUUCCAACGACUCGAUCGUGCCAGAAGUGAACUGGUCGCCGUCGAGGCCGUCGUUAAAUUAAAAUCGCGAACCGUGUUUCUACUCUUGUGUUAACCAGUUUAAACGUUGAAAAAAUCGAAAUAAUCAAAUUUUUUUUUAAAUAAUCAAAAUAAGAAGUUAUUAAAGUAUUUUUUUGAUAAAGUGAAACGGUUAUUUGAAAUAAUUAAAAUAAUAGUUAUUAAAUACGUUUUCAAGUAAUUUUUGUGGGUUGUUUUCCAAUUUUCCUCUCCAAUUAUUAUUUACCGUUUCAUAAAGUUGGAUUUAUGUGUUUUCUGUGACGUUAAAAUUCUUUUUUUGUGUGUUGUGUGUAUAUUUUCCCUACCCAACUCUCCGCGUACCAUUUGAAAGCCCAAAAGAAAAUGAUUAAUUAAUUAAUCCACCCAAAAAAAUGGCACUAAAACUCCGAAAAGACAUCAAAAAAUCAUCCUACUACGUCUGGUUUUUAGGCGCAAAAGAAUCGAAAGGUCUCCGAGGCUCCGAAUUUAUCCUCCCCGUAAUCAAGCACCUCGAAGACCGCGAAAAAGAUGUCGAACCAUUCAAAGUAACCCUCCAAGUUAGCUCGAAGGGGAUGAAAAUAAUCCAAAACGUAAUCUCGCAACAAAGCGGUUCCAAAUCGAAACCGAAAAACGAAACGAUCAAACACUUCAUCCCGCACGGUACGAUCACGUGUUGUUAUCAAAGGGAGGAUGUGAUCGCGUGCAUUUUGUUGCUGUUUAAUCCGGUUACUAAAUGUCCGUUGCACGUGCACGCGUACAGAUGUGACAGUUUGGAAACGGCGGGAUUAUUAAAACAACACCUACAAGUCUUGAUCGAUCGGCCGGAAAAUCAAAAGAAAUUCGCCGAAAUUGAGAAUCGAUUGUUGUCGCCGAAGGAGAAGAAAAAGUUUGAUUCGAGUGUUGGGAGCGACACCGGGACUUCAACCAGGGAAAGCGAAUCAAGCGAAGAAAGAUUUAGUAACGACAACGCAAGGGUCACAACGCUUUACGACUCGGUCGCGGCCGAAUUAAGGGCGAAACUAUGCAAAAAAGACGUUCCCAUUUUAUUACCACCUCGGGAUUACGACACCGUACAUCGGCAAAAAGGAAAUUUAACCGGAAUUGAGUUACGGAGGUGUUUGAACGCCAACAUCGUCGGUCAAAAUGUCGUUGGAAAAAACACCAAUAUUACCCGAAGGAUUGAAAGUAGCGGGGGAAGUAGUGGAAUAGGUUCCGAUCAUCCUCCAUCUCCCGAUUCACCGGACGCUAAUGAUAGUCGAUUUAAUACUAUUGAUAAUCACAGUACAAGUGAUGAAGAAUGGAACAUUGAGCAAGGAGAAGUCCCUUUAUACUUGAUAAAUCAACCAGCAUCAAACGUAACUUUACCCAGGCCGUUAAGGAACGUUGAAAACCUCGAUAAAUGUCCCCCGGAACUCAGCAAAACCGAGCCGUUUCGCAGAUACCAAGAACAAAAGUCGCCAAAUAAAUCCAAAUCGGCCAAAGAAGAAGAAAAAAUUUUACAUAGCAAAUUUUUAUUUACAGAUAACGAUCACGCGAGAAAAUCAAUCGAAAAAUUCGAUCGAUUCGACUUCGAAGAGCGCCGCAAAAUGAUUAAGGAGGACGUUAAUUUCAAUAAAAUUUUUAGGCAAGAUCACCGGAAAUUCCCUAGCAAAUACCCAAACCCCGAAAUCGACGAUGGUUUCGAUGAGAUUAACAGGAAAGAUUAUCGCACUCAAAAGAAGGGGGAGAAAAAAAUUAUUAAUCAAGACGAGGAGAGGUAUAAAUCUGGAUUUUAUGACGAUGAAGAGUACGAAAUUAAAAAGCAAUAUCAGCAACAUCAACAACAAUAUCCAGUUGCUAAAACGCGCCAAAAAUAUCCAUCCCAUUUCGAUGAUGAUUUAAUAAAUAGUUACGAACGAGAUCAUCGUUCGAUUCGAUCUCGAUGUUCUCAAGAUCAACAAAGACAUCAUCAAACGAUUGAAAGAGAUCAGCAUCAAGAAUCGGAUAGAUCGAGUUACGAGAGAUAUCAACGAUCAAAUUUGACGCCGGAUAAUAACGUAUCCCCCCGCGAUCGAUUCCGCGACGCAAAAGAAAAAUUUUUACUCCUUGAAAAGGAUCGAUUGGAACAAGAAAGGAAGUUAAGGCAAGAAAAUACAUCAAAAGAUUUAAAAUAUCAUUAUAAACGUGAAAAAUAUUUUGAUUAUGACUUCGAAUAUCAAUCGGAUGCCUCGAAUAUUGUGCAUCCGAAAGCGGCCCCGAGAAGGAACGAUUUUGAUCGGAGUGAUUUUGAGCGAUAUAGAAAUGAGAAGUUUGAUCCGAAACGGCGGUCGAUGUUUAAUUUGUUGGAGGAGGAGCAUAAAAAGAAUUCGUCGGAGAUUGCUAAGGAGUUAAAAAGGCGCUCGUAUUUGGAUGGGAAUCAUUCCGAUUUUACCGAGAUUCAUAAUCAGAGAUUUUUGGAUUUACCCGAAAGCGAUCGAUUUGGUUACGGAAAGUAUCCGAGUAAUUUGGAGGAUGAAAAAAAUGAAUCGUUGAAGUAUGACUCUAAAUAUGAAUCUAAAUAUGACGCAAAAUAUGACCCAAAAUAUGAUUCAAAAUAUGAAUCAAAAUAUGAUUCAAAAUAUGAUCCUAAAUAUGAAUCUAAAUAUGAGAAUAAAUAUGAUCCUAAAUUUGAGUCAAAAUUUGAUUCAAAAUAUGACUCAAAGUUUGUGAAGAAUCAAAAAGGUAAAAAUUCGGCUGGAUAUAGACAUAGUUACGCUGAGCCUAAACUUAAAGUUGAAAAUAAGAAGAAACAGGGCCAUUACCCGGAGAUGAUUAAUAAUAAUCAAUAUAAAAAUGGAAAUAGCAGUACGGGAAGGGUUGGAAUAGCGAGUGUUCAUCCGUAUUAAUCAAGAAAUUAUUGUUAUUGAAGAAAAUAAUAUUUUAAUUUUUAUAAAGUUGCUCAAUUGUGAGAUUUUUUUUUAAAUAUA